AUGGUGUCAGAAGCAUCUAGGCCGUACCCCCCAGCCGCCCAUCCGAGGAAUGCCAGCAUGGAAUUAGUGAAGCCUCCAGAGCCGCUGCGGUUGGAAGGCGAUAUAGGCAAGCGAUGGGUACUUUUCAAGCGACGCUUCAAGCUCUUUUUGACAGCGACAGAGUCGGCGAAAGCACGACGUGCUUUGACGAAAACUGCUCUGCUGUUGAGCAUCGCUGGAGAAGACACCUUCAGUUUCACUGAAGACCAGGACAAAAAUGACUACGACGUGGUAAAUAAAAAGUUCGACGACUACUGUGCGUCUCAAGUCAAUGAGGUACAUCAGUGUUAUCUGUUCCGUACCCGAAAGCAAGAACCAGGUUGUCUCCAACGCCACUACCGCAUGGUCCUAAGCGAAGGAGUGCUCCCAGUCCUCCAGACAGCCCGUCGAGUACCGCUAGCCUUGAGGGAGCCGCUUCGAAAGGAGCGGGAUUGCAUGGAGCGGGAAGGCAUAAUUGUCAAGGUCACGGAACCUACAGAAUGGGUGAGCCCUCUCGUCAUAGUGCGCAAGAAGGAUGGGAAACUGCGAGUGUGCAUGGAUCCGCCUAAAAUUAACGAGGCCAUAAAGCGGGAACACUUCGAAAUGCCAAGGAGGGAAGAUAUCGAGUCGGAACUCGCAGGGGCUAAGGUGUUCACACGACUAGACGCCAAUUCAGCAUUCUACCAAAUUCCACUGCAUGACGAAACGUCGAAAAUCUGCACUGUCGCGACGCCUUUCGGUCGUUACCGUUUUUUGCGAUUGCCUCUUGGCAUAUCAGCAGCCUCUGAGGUCUUUCAGAAAGCCCUUACCGACAUCUUUGAGGCUUUGCCUGGAACUAAAGUCUAUGUCAAUGACAUACUUAUCUGGGGAUCAUCAAGGCAAGAGCAUGACCAACGACUGAGGCAGGUGCUGAAGGCGGCAGAAAAAUCAGGACUAACGUUUAACCCAGCUAAAUGCAUCGUUGGCGUUCAUCAGAUAAGCUUCCUAGAGAAGCAGCUCAUGCUCGCAGAUAUGCUGUCGAGAGCACCCAGCAGUGAAGGCAGGGAUGACGUCAGCACAGAUGACGCAGAAGUGCAUGCCGUAAGUACGGUAUCCUCAUUUAUCAGCGAGGGAACGUGGAAGCGCCUGGCCGAGGAAACUGCCAAAGAUAGCUAUCUGAAAGUAGUGCUGCAGAAGUUGACCACGG